AUGAUUGUUUCGGAUAAUCAAAUAAAUAUUGAGACGAAUUUUGUGCAACGGGUUCAUGAUGCAAUAAGGAGAAUACCGAAAGGGGAAACGAGGACUUAUGAGCAGGUAUUUAGGAGGCAAUUUUGAAAUGAAGAAAUAUUUAAAAAUGAGUAUUUUUAGAAAUUGUUAAAAAUUGCCACGUCCUAAAAAUUUCACGUUCCAAAUAUUUUAAAAAUCAUUUUCAAUUCAGCUUGCCAUCGAGCUUGGUGACAUCGCUCAACGUGCAUCAGUUCGUCUAACUUGUCUCUCAAACCAUAUCGCCUAUCUCAUUCCAUGUCAUCGAGUUAUCGCAACUCCUCGAUCAAUUUCUGGAUAUGUUUGGGGAACCGAAUUAAAAAUGCGACUUUUAGAAGCAGAAGGUGUGAGAAUUGAUAGAAAUGUGAUGUAA